AUGGAAAAAAUUGAUAGUUUGGAAUGCAAGACUGUUAUCAGUGAGUUAACUCAAGGUAGGGAACUGGCAAACCAGCUUAAAAACCAACUUUAUCCGGCAAAUUCGCGCAAGGCCUGCGGGUUUUUAGUGGAGAAAAUACUUUCUUCGUAUGAAAAUGCUCUUUCAUUGCUAAAUUGUAUUGCUAUUUUGGAAGAAACUUCGCAAGUUUCUGCAGCCAUUUUGGAGUCACCUAAUUCCCUUGUUGGUACACCUACCAGUGAGGGCUCCAACCCUUGCUCUAAGGAGCAAAACCAAAGAGAUGUAUUCAAGAAAAGAAAGAUAUUGCCUAAAUGGAGUGAAGAAGUUCGUGUUUGCUCCGUGACUGGACAGGAAGGUCCUCCUGAUGAUGGAUAUAAUUGGAGAAAAUAUGGGCAGAAAGAUAUUUUAGGUGCUAGUUUUCCAAGGGCAUAUUACAGAUGCACUCAUCGCCAUACACGAGGAUGUUUGGCCACGAAACAUGUCCAGAAAUCAGACGAAGAUCCCUCAAUGUUUGAUGUCAACUAUAAAGGAAGGCACACUUGUAUUCAAGAAAGGCAAAAACAGAACAAAGAAGAUUAUAAGGUUAAGGAAGAAGACAGCAAUCAUAGAUCAGGCAUUAAACUUGAAACUCCAGCUUUGACUCCUAAGGAGGAAAUAGUUCCUUCCUUCUCCUUUCCUUCGACUCCAAUUAUAUCAGACAAUUUGGAAACUAAAUUCCUUUUAGAGCCUGCCGAGGAAAGUAAAUUCACAGAAAGUUGUACGUAUCCAUUUGUAUCCCCAGCAACAUCUGACUGUAACUAUUUAUCGGAAUCACUAUGCCAGAUGGACGACUUCUGGGUUGAUUGCAACUUGCAAAGCCCAGAAUCAGAUUUUACUAAUAUCGUUUCGAUUCCAACUUCAGUCACCAAUUCCCUGUUAAGAGAUUGGGAUUUCACAGCUGAUCCGGUGGAGUUGGAUCCUAGUUUCACCCUCGACUACUUUUGA